GCCCUGCGUUUCGGAAGUGAUGUAUCUGCCCUUGGAUGGGGUGCAUGCAAUUUACAUUUCCCGUUUCUACACUGGACAGAAACCGCCCGGAUACAGAAGCUGGUGUAGAAACAGAAAGGCUUGACGUUUGAAAUAGAUGUCACUGGACGCUUAAGGCAAACUGAAAAGAAAUAUUGAAGUAAAAAACAGUUCGCCAUGAAGGAAUUUUUCUUGACUUGUUUUCUUCUGAUAGCAUCUUCAUUUCAUUUCACUAAUGGCAAAGGUAACCUAUAUUUGGAACAGAAGAUUCUAAAAGAUAUUUUCAAAGAAUACGAUUCCAGUGUCAGACCAGAAGGAAAAAAUGGUUCAGGUCCAGUUGUUGUAACGGUUAAUACUUAUGUAAGGAGCAUAACGAACAUCAAUGAUGUAAAUAUGGAAUACGAUGUUCAAUUGACUUUCCGGCAAAGUUGGAUGGACUCCCGCCUGAAAUACGACAGUGGUUUAGGCUUAACGUACCUCACUCUCACAAAAAUCGAACAUAUAUGGACGCCUGAUCUGUUUUUUUCGAACGAGAUGUCGGGGCAAUUUCACUUUCUCCUAACACCUAACACUCUCAUUCGAAUUUACCCAGAUGGGAAAAUCCUGUAUAGCACGAGAAUUUCCAUGAAACUUUUCUGUCCUAUGGACCUUAGGAAUUAUCCCAUGGAUAAUCAGAUUUGCAGCCUCAAAGCAGCUAGCUAUGCCUACACAACAGAAGACCUGGUGUUCUUGUGGAAGGAUACUGAACCGAUUCAAGUCACCAAAACACUGUCACAGAUUCCGAAGUUUACAAUGAACUCUUUCAAUGAGGAUUAUUGCACCAGCAAAACUACAACAGGAGAGUACAGCUGUAUACAGCUUGACUUCCACUUCAGUAGAGAGUUCACGUUUUACUUGAUACAAGCCUACAUGCCGAGUUUAGCUUUGGUUUUGUUGUCAUGGGUGAUUUUCUGGCUCCGCCCUCUAACUUUGCGUCUUGGCGUCUGGGUGGGACUUCUGGUUGCUCUGAUGCUUGUGACUGCUCAUGUGGGCGACCAGAGCCCUCAAGUCUCUUACGUGAAAGCCUUGGAUGUGUGGAUGGGCAGCUGCGUCUGUUUUCUGUUCUGUGUUCUUCUUGAAAUAUGUGCCGUCAGCAAUGCUCUUUCUGGAGAUGAAGGUUUAGAUGAAACCUUAGCUGAAAAGAACUCGAUGGGCGUUGAAGAAAAAGGUGGUAAAGGUGAUAGAGGAGGCCGGUUGACAAGUUAUGCAUCAACUCCUCUCAAAUGGCUCAACAGGUACUCAACUAGAGCUCAACGGAUCGAUGCUGUAUCACGAGUCCUGUUUCCAGCAACUUUUGCGUUUUUCAAUUUCGUAUACUGGAUCACGUAUGCUGCUUAGGGACUCCAAAGCUGCCUGUGCCGAAAUAUAAUGUAGAAGCAGUGAAACUGCCCAGAUACAGGAAUUGAAAAAACAAAAAAGGACUUUUUGUUAAUGCUAUAUUGAACUGAUGUAAUGUUUUAAAGCUUACUUUAAACUUUUUAUACACAUGACUGGGUGCCAAUCAAUGUGCCUUGUUCUUUGGAAGUGAAUAAGUAAAAAAUAAAAAAUAAAACGUU